AUGAAGCUGCUGUUCCGAAAGCGGGACAACGAAGACAUGGCCUUCGGGCUGAUGGCGGAGGAGGACGACGACCUGUGGCAUCUAUACAACCUGAUCAGCAUCCAGGACGAAGUGGAGACCACCACGUCGAGGAAGGUACACAAGGAUAUCGGAAACAAUACAUACGCUACGGAAAUUAGGAAAAUGAAGUUGACACUUAUGAUAACAAAGGUGGACUUCGAUUCAGCAAACAAUAGUCUCAGAUUGUCAGGAAAAAAUAUCAAAAGUAACGAUUAUGUAAAAAUGGGACAAUAUCACACAUUCGAAAUAGGAUUGAAUGAAAAAAUAAAAAUAAAAAAAAAAAACUGGGAUAAUGUGUAUAAGGAAAAGCUUGAGGAAUGUACGAACGUACGGAUUCAUUCCAGGGUAGCCAUUCUGCUAGUCAGUUGUGGAGAAGCUCAGAUGUAUCUGCUCACAGAGAACCUAUGUAAGCAUAUCUUCACAUUAAGCAAAGUGAUUAAAAAAAAAAAGAAAAAAAUAACAAUAACUCUCUUUACGCAAAAUCGUUAUCUGCUGAAAAAUGUAAAUGUGGAAACAANGAAGUGUAUCGUUUUAGGAGGCCCUGGUUUUUUUAAAAAUGAUUUCCUACAGUUUGUUUAUAAAAAAUCUGAACAGAAAAAUGAAAAAAACGUUUUAAGCAUAAAGUCCAAAUUUCUUAUCGUUAAGACAUCCAGCAUUAACAGAAAUUCCGUAAAUGAAAUUUUGAGUGAUGAAAAAAUAAAAAAAGAAAUAGUAAACAUGAAGGUUAUUUCUCAUAUGGAUGUUUUAAAUAAAUUUUACAAAAUGUUUGAUAAAAAUGAGGAAAAAAUUUGUUAUGGAGAUGGUGAUGUGAGAUAUGCUGCUUCGUUACAGGCUAUCGAAUCCUUACUUAUUUCUGACCGGACCUUUCGCAACUGUGAUGUCGUGAGGAGGAAGGAGUACGUCUCCAUGGUUCGUGAUGUGAAGAACAGUGGGGGCCAUGUGUUUAUUUUCCCUGAUAACCACACCACGGGUGAACAGCUCAACGCCUUGACAGGGAUCGCCGCCAUUUUGAAGUUCCCCGUCUACCCGCAGGAGCAGCACGAUGAGAGUGAGAAGCGGCGCGAUGGGGAGUGA